UAAACUACUGGAUACUAAAAAUAUCUGAACCGAACCAAACCGAUACGUGAAAGCCCAAACCUAGCUGAAAGUCGUUUUAUAGAUCGCUUGCUCAAACGAGUGAGGUGGACCAUGUGCUAAGCAUGUGCCCACGGGUUUUCAUAAACCCGACCCGAAUCCAACCCCUCCUCCCCUCAUUUCACCGCCGCUUCCAGCCGCUUCCAAUCCCGGCACCGCACAACCAAUCGAAGCGGCGGCAUUCGAAUCAUGCCCCCCAGAUUUCACAUCCCUCUCCGAUCAACCACCGCCCGAACGAUUCAAUUCCCUCGACGAACUCACACACGACCUCGGCUCCCUCCACGAGCUCUCAACCCGCGGGUGAGUGAAGGAAACAAGAAUCUUGUGGGGAGGAACAAGGCUUUGGUUCAUGUUGUGGCCAAGGACUACGCAGCUGCUGUGAGAGAGUAUGAGGAAUGUAUAGAGAGAGAUAGCUCGGACGUUGUCGCGGUCAACAACAAGGCUCUUUGUUUGAUGUACUUGAGGGAUCUGUCUGAUGCGAUCAAGGUGAUGGAGAGUGCGUUGGAGAGAGUGCCGACCGCGGCUUUGAAUGAGAGCUUGGUGGUGAACUUGUGUAGUAUGUAUGAGUUGGCUUAUGUUAACCACACCGAUGCCAAGCGGACUUUGAAUACUUGGAUUACACGCGUUGCUCCCGAUGACUUUGAUUCCUCUUGUACCAGGAUGUGAGGUACUGUAUGAGUUGGCUUAUGUUAUUCCGUCAUGUUCUCAAGCGGCCCUAUGCAUAUUCCUGAUACAUGUGAAUCACCUACAUUGAGAAGUAGUAACUAGUAAGCGAUCUAGUUAGGUGAUCAGGAUGAAAAAUUGCGUGAGACAUUCUCUUGCAUGCUUCGCCAUACCCAUCUUGCUUAUAAAGAGUUCGCUACAAUUGUUGUUCAACACUAACAAAGAGAGUUUGUCAUUUCAAAAUUUUCAAUCAAUAUAUGAUU